AUGAGGACCAGCGGAAGCCUCACGAUUGGCGAAAGGGUCUUGACCGUGGCUCCGGAGCAGUCCUUUGGCUGGUACGAUCGCCAAGCUGGCUUCGGCGCCCCGGCCAACUGGACUUGGUUUCAGCUGCAUUUCCUGGGCUCUCUGAUCAAGGCCAGCAUCUGGGCCUGUGACUUGUUUGUUCUGGAUUACAAUCUCAAGGCCGACUGGGAAAACACGUGGACUUCGUACAAGACCAACAUCACGUAUUCGCAAAGUUGGCAGCUCGUGUUCGAGAACGGAGAUCGUUUGGAGGUAGAGUCGCUGCGACCAUAUCAAGAAACAUACGGUCCAAACGCCAUUGGGGACAGCGUGUAUGCUGGCACCAUAUUGGAUCGCGGUUCCUUCUUCGGGCAGAGGACUACCUAUGGUUUGGUUGAGAUGAUUACAAUCUCUGCUUAG